CCCCCCCCAACAUAUUGCAGCCGGGCUGCUUCAAUAUAAACCAGAAUAAAAAAAUUAAAAAAAAACUGUACUUAGUGCAGUUGUCUGACUACAGUGUAGUUACCAUCUGUAGAUUCUUGGCAGCUUGCAUGUUUUCAGUUUGAAAUUGUUACCUAUAUUUGAUCAAGUCAGGUUUCUAAAGAAGAAGAUUCAAGUGAAAGAGGUGUAAGAGAUCUCCACUACAGGUAGCUGUUCUGCAAGUCUGUGACUGCUCUGCAUUAUGGAAUUACCCUGAAGAAACGAGGAAUAAAUCAGCCUGAAGAUUACACCGUGUAACAAUUUUUUUUUUUUUUUUGGUUCCUGGGUAGUAAUUAUUUCCUAAUUGCUUAUGCCUCAAAAGUAUAGAAAAUGGCUAUUAUUCCCCACAAACUUUGCUUUUGUGACCAGGACAGUGAUAUUUUGAAAUUUACCUAUUUUCCAGAACAUUCCAGAUAGAUUCAGUGCUGAGUAAACUUGGAGUAACUUCUAGAACUUUCUAGAACUUUCCAGUAAUAUAGAUAGUAGUAUAAAUACAGGGGCCUUAAGCCCACCAGUUCAGUUUAGUUCCAGCUGCCUAAGUGGAUACAUAUCUGCAUUUUUCUGAGAUGGCAUCAAGAGGCUGCAAGCAUCCGGCAGACACAUUUUGCUAUGUCUGCGGCCAAUUUAUCAAGACAAGAGCGAAAAAGUACUCCGUGGAAGCAUCUGCUAAGAUGUGUGAGGCCUACAAGGCAUAUUUCGGCAUGCCUGUCGGGGAUCAAGACAAACCCUGGGCACCUCAUUUCACCUGCGAGCACUGCAAAAAAACUCUGGAAGGAUGGUACAGAGGGGAAAAGAGAGCCAUGAAGUUCGCUAUCCCAAGAAUUUGGCGGGAACCCACUGACCACUCAAGCAACUGCUACUUCUGCAUGGUGAACCCUUCCAAACGUCGGACUGGCAAGAAUGCACCUGCUAUCACGUAUCCGGACCUUCCUUCAUCCAUCGCCCCGGUGCCACACUGCCAUGAGCUCCCCGUACCCACUCCUCCGGAGAGAGAGCAGCCGUCUUUAGAAGAGAGUAGCAAGUCAGAGAGCGAGGAAGACGUUGUAGAUCCAGAUGACAAUUUCAGAGGUGGAGCUGAGGAGAGAAACCCAUACUACCCCAACCAAAAAGACCUCAACGACUUGAUUAGAGAUCUUGGUCUCACCAAGUCCAAUGCCAAGCUUUUGACGUCUAGGCUCAAGCAGUGGAACUUGUUGGAUGAAAGUGUGCAAGUCGCAGAUCAGAGGAAGCGUCACCAACCUUAGAGAAAAGUAACUGGGUUCACUAAAAAAUGGACAGCGCUGGAAACCUGCUGAAUUGGACACAAUAGUGUUUACUAUUAUUAAUAAUAAUAAUAAUAAUAAUAAUAAUAAUAAUAAUAAUAAUAAUAAUAAUAAUAGUUUAAUACUAUGCAGGUUUGCUACAAUAUAAGAUUAUGUGUGUGUGUGUUUGUGUGUGUGUUUUUUCUGGAGGAGAAUGGGAAAGGCUGCUGAAGUCAUUAUAAUGUUAACUCUGUUGCAGUGGCUCACACCCUGCUAAGCAGUAUUUUUUUAAAUACUGUAGUCUGUUUUAGUUUUGUCGAGGUGUGCCGUACAAAAACUUUGAGGUCUUGCAGGGCUUGAAUGAAGAAACUAGUGCCUAUGUCCCUUAUCUUUCCUUUACACUGAAUUCAUUUGGGAUGUUAACACAUCUUCCAGAAAUUUCUGAACACAUAAAUAUUAAACUUUGACUCAACUUACUUAUGCGCACUGAACCAUUUGAGUGGGAGUGUGGAAUCUGUGUUGUGAUUACUCAUGUCCAUACAUGUACAUAGGAGGGGGAGAAGGGAGAGCUAUGGCACUCUACAUUAGUCUGAAAUCAAUCCUAUUUAUAAAAGCAAAUACUGUCCCUGGUAAAAUUCCUUUGUGUCCAUAUCUGGAAUACAGCACAUAGUUUUGACAUAAUCUAAUUUAGUCUAUCAAAAACACUUUACAUGAUCUGUUUGCUGCUAAGCAUUACUGGUGGAAAUGACUGUGCAACACACACAACUGCAGCGUCGGUUUUUACUGCUGGAGGAUUUUUUUUAAUGUAGUGUUUUGUGAAAUGUAUGUAUGAAUGUGUGUUUACAAGUAGAAACAGCUUGUUUUUAUCCUUGUUAUUAAAGUAGAUUCUGUCUUCUGUCUUUAAAGAACACCACAUCAAAAAAAUUGUUUUAACUGUCCUAACACAAACUUUCAAAAAGGUAACCUUACCUACAACUUGCUUCUCUUGCUCAUAAAACAGUGUAUUUGUUUUAUAAAGCAACAAAUAAUAAUGUAUCAGUUUUGAGUCUCAAAACACGGUCUUUUGAUUAAAAGAAAUGCAGCAACAAUUCUCACGUACAGUUUUAUUUGAUAAAACGUCUUAUUUAUUCUUACUAUAUUUGACCUGAAUAAACUCAUUAGAAACAUCCCAUUUCAGACAAAAACACAUAUAUCCGUUAUUUCUGCAGUACUGUAUUUAACCAGAAAUAAAAUAGUUUCGAAAAAUAAAAUGAGCUUUGCAAAACUUUUCACGUAUAAACACUAAAGUUUAUUAAAGUUUAGGCCUGUUGUUGCUAGAGUUUUAUGUAUUCAUUUUAAAGUCAUACAUUAGUAGACACUUCCCCAGAGUAAAAAAAAAAAAAGCCCCUAAUUAAAGAA